UUCCACACAGAGGGCGUGACCCCUGACCCCAACAUGUACGGGAUCAUCCAGAGAUCAUUCAAACACCUGUUCCAGCUGCUGAAACGUCAGGGCACAACCAAGAUGAUCCGGGCAUCUUACCUGGAGAUCUAUAACGAGCAGGUGAUCGACCUGCUAAACAACAGUCACCGGCGCUACCUGCAGGUGAGGUGGAGCAAGAACAAAGGCUUCUAUGUGGAGAAUUUGUUCACGGUGGAGUGUGAGUCGAUUGACGACCUCAUGGCGGUGUUGGAGGAAGGUGAGUGGUGAUGCUGGUGUUGUGGUUGUUGUGGUGGUGUGUGGCUUCUAUGUGGAGAAUUUGUUCACGGUGGAGUGUGAGUCGAUUGACGACCUCAUGGCGGUGUUGGAGGAAGGUGAGUGGUGAUGCUGUUGUGUUGUUGUUGUUGGGGUGGUGUGUGGCUUCUAUGUGGAGAA